GUGUCAGGCUGACGUGUGAGGCCUGCAUGUGUGGUGUGGAGGAGAGGACAUCAGACCAGACUUGUGUGAGGUGUCAGGCUGACGUGUGAGGCCUGCAUGUGUGUGUGGAGGAGAGGAAACCAGACCAGACUUGUGUGACACUGUGAGGUGUCAGGCUGACGUGUGACGCCUGCAUGUGUGUGUGGAGGAGAGGAAACCAGACCAGACUUGUGUGAGGUGUCAGGCUGACGUGUGAGGUCUGCAUGUGUGUGUGGAGGAAAGGAAACCUGCGAUGUUUCAUCUUCCUUCUCAUCGCCAGCACCUUGUCUCUCAUCUUCCAAAUAUGGUUCAUCCACAACAACCCUCAGUUUCAGGGUGGUUCCUUCCAAGGCAUGGUCAACAAGUGGCUCAACACAGACAACAAAGAUGCUCAAGAGAAUUUGAAACUGUUUAUGAAGCAUGCGUCCCAAGCCAACCUGCCGUUGUUCCUGAUGGACCCCUUUGUGCUGGCAGCUGUGAGGAAUGUGACCAGAGGUUCAGCAGAUGAGAGUAUGGGCCCACACCACUGUAGAUAUCUGUGUAGUUCUCAGGGUGUCAUCACACUGGGGCUGCUGGGGGAUUCUGAUAUAAAGGUCAAGCCUGACCUGUUGCAGGAUCUCCAUGAUGAUGGUUUCCAGUAUGUCAUCACUGUGGGUCAUGACCCCAGACUGGCAAGUGUGGCAUCUAUGGCUGCUGGCAAGGUCAGGUGGGGAGGGGGGAUAGUGUACAAGUCAAGUCUGCCCAAGAUGGCCACUCAGGAUAAAAAUCUCAUUCUGGUCUGUGUGGACAGGUGGUCACUAUAG